AUGCCUUUGGAUGAGGCCAACAAGACUAUUGAAAUUCUCACAUCAGCUAUCGAUGAGAUCUACGAAGAAAGAGCUGCUGUUAUGGAUUAUCAAAAGUUGUUUGAUCUUGCAUAUAAAUUAGUUACUAAAAAGUAUGGUGAAAAACUCUAUGAUAAAGUCAGACAAACUAUUUCUAAACAUACAAAGGGCGUCUGUAAUGACAUUAAUCAACAAAAGGAAAUUACAUUCCUUCCACACCUUUUGACUGUAUGGAAAAAGUACAGAAAGGCUGCUUGUACUAUUAGAGAUUUGCUCUUGUUCUUGGAUGAACAAUGGGUUGAACGUCAAUCAACUCACGACAACAAAAUUAAGACCGUUUUCGAAUUGGGUAUCUUUAUUUUCAGAGAAGAAGUUUUGAUCAAAUUGACUGAUAGAGUUCAAUCUAUUAUGCUAUCGAUAAUUAGAAAGGAAAGAGACAAUAUUGAACCUGCUGACAAAUUCUUGCUUCGUUCUCUCACCCAAAUGAUGGUGGAAAUUGACAAGGAAAAGGUUUACAUUCCUGUCUUUGAAUCUAAAUUCUUAAGUGAAUCACAUAUUUACUACAAAAUUGAAGCUGAGAAAAUUUUCGAUUCUUGUACAGCUGUAGAUUAUUUGAAGAAGAUCCAACAACGUUUAAAGGAAGAAACUGAUAGAGCUGAUCGUUGUUUGGAUCCAGAGACGAGGAAUAAGAUUGAAAAUGUUGUUAAAGAAGAAUUCAUUACAAGAUAUAAGGAUUCUGUUGUUAAUAAGGAAGGUAGUGGUGUUUUGGUCAUGUUGAAAGAUAAGAAGGAAACUGAAUUACGUCUUGUUUAUGAUGUUUUGGGUUUGGUUGAAGGUGCUUUAGAACCAACUAUUAAUAUUUAUCGUGAAUAUGUCACUGAACAAGGUUUGGCUAUUGUCACAAGUGAAGAAAAGAAUAAUGAUUAUAUUACUUUGGUUACUGAAAUUAUUCAAUUGAGAGUUUACUAUGAUGAAUUACUUUUACGUAUCAGUAAGACCAGAAAGACAAAUACUUUCAUUAGAGAUAAGGAUUUCUCAAAGGCUACAAAGGAUGCUUUUGAUAGAGUUGUAAAUCAAAACGAAAAAUUCUCUGAAUAUCUUUCAUUAUUGUUGGAUAAGAAACUCAAGAAGGGUAAACAACAAAUUGAAGAAGAACAACUUGAUACAUUCUUUGAUCAAGUUAUUAUGAUUUUCAGACACGUCAAGGAUAAGGAUAUUUUCGAAAAGUACUACAAGGAACAUUUGGCUGUUCGUCUCUUGGAAGAAAGAUGUGCAUCUGAUGAUGCUGAAAAGUUGUUCUUAUCCAAGUUGAAGACUGAAUUUGGUGUUCAAUUCACAACACGUCUUGAAAAUAUGUUCAAGGAUAUCAAGUUGAGUAAGGAUUUGAUGGGUCAAUGGAAUGAAUAUAGAACGAGACCACCUAUUGAUAUGAAUAUUCAAGUUUUGACUCAAGGUUCAUGGCCAGGUACUACUUCAUACAAGAUUGAAUUCUCAGAACAAGAUAUUAACAAAUCUAUGAAUGUUUUCAAUGACUUUUAUCAAGGUCAACACAAUGGUAGAAAGUUAACUUGGCAAUAUCAAUUGGGUAAUGCCUCUAUUAUUAUGAAUGGUUUUACUCAAAAGUUUGAAAUUACUGCUUCAACAUUCCAAAUGGCUGUUCUCCUCCUUUUCAAUGACAAUGAAAAACUCACAUACAAGGAAAUUGAAACAUCAACAAAGAUUCCAGCUGCUGAACUCAAGAAGAAUCUUAUCCAACUUACAAAGCCACUUGAUGAUGGUGAACAAUAUAAGAAGGUUGCUAAAGUUUUGACUGUCAAGGCUUCUGAAGAUCAACAACAAUCCACUGCAGAAGGUGAUAAGAAGAAAUUUACCAUUUCAGCAACAACAAUCUUUGCUACUAACAAUUUGUUCAAGUCAAGAAAGUUGAAGAUGAAUGCCAUGCCACCAAUGACUAAGCAAACUGAAGAAGGUGCCUCCAAGAUCAAUCAACAAGUUGAAGAAGAACGUAAGAUGGUCGUUGAUGCUGUCAUUGUUCGUAUUAUGAAGUCUAGAAAGGUCAUGACUCACCGUGACUUGGUUUUGGAAGCUACUUCACAACUUCAACAAAGAUUCAUGCCUGCUCCUAAUUUGAUCAAGAAGAGAAUUGAAAACUUGAUUGAAAGAGAAUAUUUGGAAAGAGAUGAAAACGACAGACAAACUUACAAGUAUUUGGCUUAA